UUUCAAACACAUUUAACUAUUAGGUUAAAAGCUUGGGAAUAAAUAAAUUAAUUGUUUCAAUUCAACGAAAAAUUACAGAACCAAACAUGCUCAAAGUAGCCGUCCUUUCUAAUUAUCCUACGUGGCCACACGAUUGGUACUUAAAAAAAAAUGCGGACCCACUUUUUACCGUUAAAAGCGCAAUUUAAAAAGUUGCUGUUCGCCCCGAGACGGACAUGAAGAAACUAGCCGUUACUCUGCUUUUUUCUUCUCUGAUUCAUGUUUUCUCAAAGCCAUAUUUCCAGAAAACUCAUCACCCCAUAUUCCUCUUCAUCUAAUUUUCUACUUACUUAAUCCCCAAUUCACUUUUCCUUUUUCCUGAUUUUACCAAUUAUAUUGUUACUUUCAAAUACAAGAGAAAAUUUGAUCGUAGAAGAAGUUGAAUGGCGUUAAGAACCGUUGCCAAAGAUAUAAUCACUCUUCGAGGCUCAGCAGCAAUCGUAAGCGAGUUUUUUGGAUAUGCGGCGAAUAGCAUUUUGUACAAUCGAGGAGUUUAUCCAGAAGAAAGUUUUGCGAAAGUGAAGAAAUAUGGGCUUCCAUUGUUGCUCACUCAAGAUGAAAGUGUUAAAUCCUUCAUUACCAGCCUAACAGCUCAACUUUCUGAAUGGCUGGAAGCUGGGAAGCUGCAGAGGGUUGUGUUGGUUAUCAUGAGCAAGGCAACCAAUGAGGUCUUGGAGAGGUGGAAUUUUAGCAUUGAGACUGAUAGUGAGGUUGUUGAGAAAGGUGUGUCAAGGGAAAAGAGUGACAAGGAAAUUAUGCGAGAAAUACAGGCAAUCAUGAGACAGAUUGCCUCGAGUAUUACUUACUUGCCAUGCCUUGAUGAACCAUGUGUGUUUGAUGUAUUGGCAUACACUGAUAAAGAUGUUACAGUACCAUUCACUUGGAUUGAGAGUGACCCCAAGUUGAUUGCAAAUCCUCAAAUGGUGAAGUUGCAUUCUUUUGAUACCAAGAUACACAAGGUUGACACUCUUGUAUCAUACAAGAAUGACGAAUGGGAAGAGCAGUGGAGUAAUUGAAACUUCUUGUCUUUUUUUUUUUUUCUACUGCAAUAUCUUUCCUUGUUCACUUGUGGGUUUAUGAUUAAUCUGUGAAUCUUCUAUUCACAUAUUUCCAAGAUUGCCAGGAAAGAUGAAAAUGCUUUUGGGUGUUUUUGGGUCUUCAUUUGUGUUUUGUUGUGAACAUAAAUCUUUCAAAUGUAUUAACUUAGGUGCCAAUGAAAUUCACUACUGUUCUUUCACUGACUUCAAGUUCUGUUCAUUUUAUCUUACAACAUAAUGUCGAUUCACGUUCUUUAGUUCAGCCAAGGAAUUACCGCUGCCUCUCCCACCUAUCUCGCAAUUCUUAUCAAAUCAUCAUAAAAAAUGGCAGCCUCCGCUAUAGUCAUAAAUCCCACAUCAUAAUAAUCCCAUGGUUGUCCAAUCUAGCAUGUAUAAACCAUGAAAAGCUCAGGAAGGAAAUUCUGAUCUUCCAGGUUUCAAAUACAAACGAUGAAAAUAGUCAAAUAUAACAUAAUGCAUCCUCUGCCAUUUAUGAUGCGUUAUUGAAGUUUGCUUUCAGCACUUUCUGCCACUGAUCUUGGCGGUCGUUCAACCCUGAUUUCAGAGUAUUUGGUUGCUUGUGGUCUAGG